AUGCGCCACGAUUCCAGCGACGGCGGAAGAAUCGAUGCCGCCCGAGAGGUAGAGACCCAGGGGGGCGUCUGCCCGGAGGCGGACGCGCACGGCGUCGACCAGCUUCUCACGGACAUCCUCAAUCAUCUGCGCCAUGGACACCUCGUCGUCCUUCCCGUCGCGGUCCGUAGCCGAGUUGGAGGAAUACUGCUGAUCCCAGUACGGCCUGGUGCGCAGGUCCGCGAGGGCGGAUUCCAGCCCGAUCUACAUCCAGUGGCCUGGUCCCCUAAAACACGGUCCUCUGCCAGCCAGCCAGACCGGUUUGAUGCCGAAUCUGUCUCUUGCGGCUACAAGCUUCCUGGCAUGCGCUCUCUCGUCCACGAUCACGAAGGAAAACUCACCGCGGAGAUGCCGAAAGAGCCCAGGCGUGCCAUGCAUGCUGUAGAGGGCCAGGACAAGCUCGCUGUCGCUGUGGCCGCGAAACGCGUACCCGCUGUCCUCGCAGUACCGUCGCAGCUUCUCGUACUCGUAGAUUCUUCCGAUGACGACCGCGUGGACCUGACCAUCUGCGCUGUGCAGUGGCUGGGAUCCCGACGGGGACGUGUCGUUGAUGGCGAGUCGGCAGUGCCCGAGACCUACCGUCGCCGCAGCGUUGACCCAUACAUAACAGCCGUCCGGUCCUCGAUGCUUGAUCAGCUCGAGAGACCUUUCAAGCUGCCUGGAAAGAGCAGACACUGUGUUGCUCUUCCCGGCUGCCGGCGACUCGGUCCGGGCCGAGGACGUAUUGGCAGCCGCGGUGUGAGUAUACACGACGACGAAACCACACAUUGCUGCAGCAUACGACGUUUGGAGAAUAGCUCGUGGAUGUUCUGUGGGAGCGUGGCGUGGAUCGAUAUGGCAGGACCUGCUGGCGAACUGCGACCUGACCACGACCACUGGCAGCACCUUGCAUUGCGCACGAACGACUCGUGUGCUGUCACUCCCAGAUUCUACGCCACACGAUGCCAUUGCAGGAUUCAACUCGGCCAACAUGCCCAGCACAGCCAGCACGCCCAGCACAGCACCAGAGAGCCCCUCCUCGCUGGAGUAUCACGACCUGCAGAAAGGGUUCAGCGCUCGGGAAAAGUUCCAAAAGCCACUCAAAUUUCAUCUUGCUUUUUGUCCAUCCUACUCAUGGUCUUCAUCGUCUCCGUCGACGCCACGGCGUUGGCGGUUGUCAUACCUCGAAAGAGUUUAAACGGAACGUACCUGGAGGCGUUCUGGGCGGAAUGCCUCGUUUCUGCUGGUCGUCACGGUCGUGCUGCCCGUGUACACCGGCCUCUCAGAGGUCAUCGGGCGCAAGCUACUGCUCUACGUUUACUUUUCCUCUUCACGGCGGGGUCUGUCCUCUUCGCGACCGCGCAGUCUCUUACCGUCGCCAUCCUCUCUCGUGCGCUGCAAGGGUCUAGGUGCGGAGGCAUCGACGUCCUGAACGAAAUCCUCGUGGCCGACAUCACUACCCUGCUGGAGCGCGCCGUGUACAUCGGCCUGGUCUCUAUCCCGUUCGCAUUGGGGAGCGUCCUCGGCCCCGUGGUGGGCGCGCUGCUGGGCGAACUCUCGUCCUGGCGAUGGAUCGGCUGGAUGAAUCUGCCUCUCGUCGCUCUCUGUCUCCCGCUGUCCAUCUUCUGCCUCACGCUGAAGCCGCUCGAGGGCCGUCUCUCGCAGCAGCUCGCAGGCUUCGACUGGCGCGGCCUCGCCCACCGGGCGAUUCGUGGAGGACGCUGCUUCCGCUUUUCGUCGGCGCGCGGUUCUCGGCGCGUUUGCCUGGUACGAGUCGGGGGCCGCCCGGCCCAUUCUCCCCUACCGCAUCUUCCGCACCCGUACCGCCGCCGGCGCGCUGGCUCUCAGCUUCUUGCACGGGAUGAUCUUCUACACGCUCAUCUUCCACCUCCCGUUGUUCUUCCAGUCCGUCGGCCUGGAAACUCCCCUCCGGUCGUCCGUGCCUCUUCUUCCUUUCUACGUCAUUCUGAUGGCGUUGACGGGCAUCGCGGCCGUAGGCAUCGAUGGACGUGCCGCUACGUCUGGGCGGUCAGGCUGUCAAGGCUCUUUCCGAGUCUCAGUCUCGGUCUGGGUCUCUGCACGCUGUGGGGAGCGCACACGACCCUCACGCAGACGGUGGGCUUCGAGGCCAUGGUCGCGAUCGGGCUUGGUUCUCUGUUCACGGCCCUGCCGGUCAUGAUGCAGGCCCGUACGCAGCCCGACGCCCACGGCCACGCAGUAGGCAUUCUGGUUUCUUUCCGGCUGUUCGGCGCGGCAGUGGGGCUCGCCGUCUCCGCCGCCGCGUUCAGCAACCAGUUCAGCAGCUCGGUGGCUACCCUCGGCGACAUGCCGCCUACGGUUCGCCUUCUGUUACAAGAAAACCAAGCCUUGGGAUCGAUCCCGCGACUGAGAGAGUUGGAUCUGUCGCCGGCGGAGCUCGUCGAUAUCCUGAGCGCGUACGAACAGUCGUUUCGGGUCGUGUUUCUUGUUCUGACCGGCCUGAGCUGCGUCGGUUUUUCCUUGACCCUUCUCGCUUGCGAGACGUCCAUUGAGGCGGAUGAAGCCGGUAAAUAA